AUGUUCAUCAAGACAUCAACAAUCACCCUCCUGGCCAUCCUCGCCACCACCUCAGUCGCCCAACAGAUGCCCAAACACACCGCCUUCACCGACCCCGUCGACGGCUCUGAAGUUUACAACACCGGCCACAACGCAACCUUCUCCUGGACAAUGGCCUGCAAGAAGUCCUCCGCCGCCGUCUCGACGGGUUCCUCCCGCGCCGUCGAAGUCCAAUUCGUCAAUGCCAACAAUCCCGACAACGCCUUCUUUGUUGCGACGGCCGCGCAUAUCGAUUGUGGGAGCAGGGAGAGGGGGAAUGAGUAUUGGGUUGUUCCGGAGGUGCAAAAUCAUAAUGCGAAGUAUUCAUUGAGGAUUAUGUUGAAGAGGCCGAUUUACUUGGGAAAGUUCAAGAUUCAGGCACAGGCUGGUGCUGGUAAUGGAGGACAGAUCGUGGCGGGUGAUAAACAGACUGAGAAGCACAAGGAUAACGGUGCUGCUGGAUCGUUGGUUGCUCCUUGUGUGUCGGCCGUUGUUGUCACUGCCGCUGCUCUUUUGCUCCUUUAA